CUUGAGUAAGCCGUAAUGGAGGUGGAGAUACCAAUUGAAACAGAACCAUUACUGGGGCAGGAGAUCAUUUCUUCCAGUUUGAAAACUGAGGAAAUGCCUAGUUCCCUUCAAUUGGCGGUAGAUAUUUACGAUAAAUCAGUGCAAAACACUGCUUUGGAUGUACACGGAGACUCAAUUGACGGACGAUCGAGGGGUCGGUGUUGCAGGAUCUUUACAAAAUUCAAGUUUGCUCUCUUUGAUUCCCACUGGCCCUUGUCUUGUUUCUUGGCGGUUGCUUUCCUUGGUGUUUGGUUACCUAAGAAGAACAGAUCUCUUUGGUCGCUUACUUUUAUACCGAUCUUUCAUAUGCUCUUCGGCUUGGGGGCACAUCUGUAUUUCAUUGUGUUGACAAAUGACCAAACGACUUGGAAAGUUCACAUUGGGUCGAAAAUGCUACUCACAUCUCUAUGGAUAAGCGGUUUUUCAUCGUACAUCCUGGCUUUGUAUUUCUUCAGGUAUCAGUCACAGGAAUGGAUGCGAGAUCUGAACAAAAUUCAACAUCGAGCCGUCAACGUGGGUCUGUUUACUGGUUUGCUGCUUGUGUCAUGGGUCCUGUUCUUCGACGCCCAUUUUCAAGUUAUUUUUGACUUAGACAACAUUAAAAAAGCCCUCACCGAGAAUUGUCCAAGUACAAAAGUUUGCAAAGGUAUUUGGUAUCCCCUUGUUACUUCUAUAUACUGGGGAAUGUAUUCGUCGAUCGCUGUUUGCUGCGUGUUUUUCUCCCUGUGCCUCUCGAUGACGAACGAUCUCGCAAAAGGAUACCUUCGCUUAGCUAAAUGCACUGGGGAUGUUCGGAAUGCUGUAAUAAUGCACAAGCAAGUGCGUGAUGAAACUGAAAAACGGAUAAACAGCAUGCGUGUCUGGUUUUUAAUUCACACUCUCUUUUACCUGGUGGUGUUUUUAGCCAGUAUUUUCGACUGGUGGGAAGCGGCAAGAGACUCGUUAAACUCUGUGGUCCAGUACAUGGCUCAAAUCUCUGGCACGCUAGUCGUGGUGUACAAAUUUUUCUUCCCUUUCUUGUCGGCGAGUUACGUCACUUGGCACGAGUCCACACUCGUGCAAGACUUGAACGACAAGACAGAUUAUCUUCCUGGAGAAACCUUCCACUCGAGGCAAGAUUUAGAAGUGUUCCUUGCGCAGAGCAGGAGACGUGGUUAUGGAUUUCGCCUGUUUAAGAUACAAAUUACCAUAACAAUUGCAAUAUUUUCUUUGCUCGGAUCUGGUUUUGGAUUGUUACACACCUUUCUUUUUUUAGAGUAAAAUUUUUUUCGACGCUUUUUAGUCGUGGAUACACGAAGCGUAGAAUCGACUACUGUUAGGGUUUAAGAAUUUGCAAAUUUAUCACUCAAUCAGAUGUAAACAAAUCGAUAUGUCAACGGCAGACCAAUUGAUAUCGAUUUUCCGAAAUAAUACUGCAACGCAUCUAUCGACUUUCCGAAGUAAAUGCCGCGACGUUGAAAUAAAAUUCGACUUUUCAUAGAGAGAGUUUCGAUUACUACUCGUCGCAGUCAGCACAUGUGUAAGCGAGUCAAAUCUGUUUGAAAGACUUUUAAAAGGUGUGACUAUGAGUGUAGACGCUGAAUGCGAAGAGUCUUUGACUCCUCGAGACGUUUGCUCGUCGAUCCCCCAAGCUCACAGGGGGUUUAUAAAUAGUGAUCCUUAGCUCAAACUUGUGAGGGAACCUAUAGAAUCUAUGAGCGCUCAUAUCAACAUACGUAUGAAUUAAACGUAAGGUUAAACAAAGCUCUAAGAAACAUCAGUUGCACAACUGAUCAGUCCGUAAUAUCCAACCAAAACACUCCUGUGGCUAAGCAGAACGAACCGCAGCAAGGAGACUUAUCUGAUGAUAACAGCAAUCAUACUAGAAAAUUACAGGAAGGACGAAGUAGGUCAAAGUCCAGUCGUAUUAGCAUAGGCGUCCGCCGUGAUCGAGAACCAUCGAGAUUACCGUGGAAGAAAAUUCUGAACUUAUUUAACAAGGCUAAAGCAAUAGAGAGGUAUGUAAAGUUUCAUAUUGUGCAUGGUGAAUCACAUUCGUCAGCGUUGAAAACGAUUUUAUCGUUUGAUUACCGUAAUUAUCUUAAAACCAGACUGUGAAGAGGUAAACCUGUUGGAAUCUGUGAUUGUUUCGAUUAUACUCAAUAAAUACUCGUUGUCGCAUUCAUUUACUUUAUUCUCUUACUUUCCAUUUAAAGGAAAAGGUCAACUGAAAAUAGAUCACCAAACGCUAACUGAUUUGAUGUACUUAGAAACUUAACAGGAUAUUGAAAAGCCAAACAGUAUAAAAUGAAUUUACGCACCGACAUUAGCGGCACUAGUUCCCAGGAGAAUAUCUAACCACGUGCGUUCACUAACUCAAUUAAUCAUUAACAUUACAAUUUCCUCAAAUGUGAUUGGUGCAUCACCUGCUUUAUAUCUCACUAGUCACUCUGUAUAGUUCUAAUCGGAAAGUGUAAUCGGAUAGUUGAAGCAGCCAAUCAUACUCAGUCUACUCAGCUAUAUCCACCAAUCACAGAAUUUAUCACAAUAACCAUAGCAACAAGCACUUACCCUGAAAAAAAAAAAAACUGGGAAAUUUCCAAAUGUUUUGCUUUAGACGUUGUCUCUACUGAAGAUGUUUGUCCUAAAUGUUUUUUUUCCUGAAAUUGUAAUGGUUAUGAUUGAUUGGUGACAGGACUUUGUGUCGCCCAAUUCUGUCUGUAAUCUUACUCGUGAUUGACAGAUCGGACUCCCGCUUCGCGGUCGUCCGAUUUUGUUAAUCACUUGUAUGAUUACAGACCGAAUUGGAUUCCACUCGGUCCUAUUAUCAUUAUUAAUCGUUUACUAAUCAAGUUUCUUAUAGUGUAAUAUGAUAGAUUAUGACGUCACGGUAACAGAAUCACUCGUGCAAAAGGUUCAAGGUUAUAUUUUGCUAUUGAUUAUGUUUAUAUUUUCAAAAAAAGGACUGCA